GCCCCGGCACCGCAGCGCCCGCGCUCCCGGAGCAUGGCCCCCCCUGCCCCUCCGCCGCGGCUGCAGCUACCACGGCCCCCCAGUGCCUGACUUCAGACGACGCCGGUGCAGCGCCGGGAGCCAGCGGCACCGGCUUUCCCUCGGAGCGGCCCCCGAGGAGCCGAGUCGGCCGGGGCCCCUUCGCCCCCGCGGGCCUGGAUCGGGGCUCGGUUUAGGCACCGACUGCCGCCGAGCAGCCGUCCCCUCACGGGCUUGCCGCCUGCCGUGCUUGCUUGGAUGAGUCUGCGACAUGCCUAAUAAGAGACGAGAUGGGCCAGGGCGACGAGAGCGACCGCAUUGUGAUCAACGUGGGAGGGACUAGGCACCAGACUUACCGCAGCACCCUGCGCACCCUGCCCGGCACUCGGCUGGCCUGGAUCGCCGAGCCCGAUGCCCACAGCCACUUCGACUAUGACCCCCGUACGGAUGAGUUUUUCUUUGACCGGCACCCGGGCGUCUUCGCCCAUAUCCUGAAUUACUACCGCACUGGCAAGCUGCACUGCCCCGCGGACGUGUGCGGACCCCUGUAUGAGGAGGAGCUGGCCUUCUGGGGCAUCGAUGAGACCGAUGUGGAGCCCUGCUGUUGGAUGACCUAUCGGCAGCACCGUGACGCCGAAGAGGCUCUAGACAGCUUUGGUGGGGCGCCCCUGGAUAGCAGUGCCGAGGACGGAGACAUAGAUGGCACCGGAGACUCUGGUGAUGGUGAAGAGGAGCUGGAGAUGACAAAACGCCUAGCACUUAGUGAUUCCCCAGAUGGCAGGUCUGGGGGCUUCUGGAAACGGUGGCAGCCCCGCAUCUGGGCGCUCUUUGAGGAUCCCUACUCCUCCAGAUAUGCAAGGUAUGUGGCAUUUGCCUCCCUGUUCUUCAUUCUGGUCUCCAUCACCACCUUCUGCCUCGAGACCCACGAGAGAUUUAACCCCAUCGUGAACAAGACAGAAACUGAAUUCAUCGGGAAUGACACCCAGGUGCGGCACUACAGGGAAGCAGAGACUGAAGCCUUUCUCACCUACAUCGAAGGUGUCUGUGUGGUCUGGUUUACAUUUGAGUUCUUGAUGAGAGUCACUUUCUGCCCAAACAAGGUGGAAUUUAUCAAAAACUCUUUGAACAUCAUUGACUUUGUGGCCAUACUGCCUUUCUAUCUAGAGGUUGGACUCAGUGGCCUGUCUUCCAAAGCUGCUAAGGAUGUCCUGGGCUUCCUCCGCGUAGUCCGUUUCGUGCGAAUCCUGCGAAUUUUCAAGCUGACCCGCCACUUCGUGGGGCUGCGGGUCCUGGGACACACCCUCCGCGCCAGCACAAACGAAUUCUUGCUGCUCAUCAUAUUUUUGGCAUUGGGCGUCUUAAUCUUUGCCACGAUGAUCUAUUAUGCCGAGAGAAUAGGUGCUAAACCAAAUGACCCUAGUGCCAGUGAACACACACACUUUAAAAACAUCCCCAUCGGCUUUUGGUGGGCUGUUGUCACCAUGACGACCCUGGGCUACGGAGACAUGUAUCCUCAGACUUGGUCAGGCAUGCUGGUGGGGGCCCUCUGUGCUCUCGCCGGUGUGCUGACCAUUGCCAUGCCUGUCCCUGUCAUUGUGAACAAUUUCGGAAUGUAUUACUCCUUAGCUAUGGCUAAGCAGAAGCUACCAAAGAAAAAAAAGAAGCAUAUCCCGAGGCCACCCCAGCUGGGAUCCCCCAAUUAUUGUAAAUCUGUCGUAAACUCUCCACACCACAGUACUCAGAGCGACACUUGCCCACUGGCCCAAGAAGAAAUUUUAGAAAUUAACAGAGCAGAUUCGAAACUGAAUGGUGAGGUGGCCAAGGCGGCGCUGGCAAACGAAGACUGUCCCCACAUAGACCAGGCUAUUACGCCUGAUGAGGGCCUGCCCUUUACCCGCUCUGGCACUCGGGAGAGAUAUGGACCCUGCUUCCUCUUAUCAACCGGGGAAUAUCCCUGCCCGCCUGAUGGAGGAAUAAGAAAGGGAAAGCAUCUCCAGCUCAACAUAGAACAAAACCUGGGCUCACGGCUUUGUGCAAGACUGAACGUGUCUGGUCCACUGACAAUACAUGAGGAUUAUAUCAUACAUGAAGCAGCUGCAGUGCAGAGGGGAUUAAGCAUUAAAGAUGCCUUUUUUUACAGCUGUAGAAGACAAGAAAAUCUUUAAAUGUUGCUCUUUAAAGUACAGGACAAAAAAAAGUUCUGACAAAUUAGGUAAGGGAGAGAUUUUUCUUGAGGCUCUGAAUGUGGCACUGAUGUCUGCUCCAUCAGAAUGUCAGGCAUGGCAGAGAGUGACAUUCUUUCAGCACUUACAUCCCUGUCUCUCAAAAUGACAGGCAUUAAAUGUGUCACAGUGCUCUAACUUUGUACAACCAGAACUAGACAAUCAUGAUCACAUAACAGAGCCAGAGACUGCAGUCUCAUGACCUUUUGUAUGAUGUGAAACAGAACAUACAGAAAAUACCUCAUACUAAGUGCUUAGUAAGAGGUCAUCCAUCCAAUAUAAAUUGGAUGAAGCAGUAUGUCAAAGCACAUCUAGCAGGGUGUGAGUCAUCCAAGUGUCCCAUGGAAGAUAUGGUGCCAUGGCCAUUUGCACCCAUGCAUGCUGUGUAUGAAGCAUUACCACUUCAAGUUUACACACAUCUGAAACUGAUGUAAAUGAUUAUACAAAGAAAAUGAGGGGAAGGCUGUGAUUAAUUCUGGCCUAGAACACCCAAGACCUAAAACUAAAGGCCACCUUCAGCACAGGCCUAGGAAAAGAAAUAAACAAAAGUUCAGUGAUAAAGGCAGAAGCAAGAAUCUGACAAAACCCUCAUUACUGUAGUUUUCAAAGCACUAAGCAAAUCAUAGAGCAGAAGGGAAAGACAGCAAGAUGAGCAGCAGUAUGUGGGUGAAAUGGUGUUUAUGCCUACUUCAGACUACUGUCUGAAGUCAGGAACAAGAGACCCCAAUGGGCUCUCAGGAGCCCUCUCCUCAAUAAAAAAACAACUAAGUGGAAAACUAUAUUUCAGAAGUAUUUUGGUGCUUAGCAUGUUUUACAAAGCAACUCUUUGUAUCAUGCAUUGGUCCACUUACAAGUAUAUAGUCUUAAGGAGAUUGGGCAGACCAGGCUAUAUAUAGCUGUUCACCCUCGGCAGCUUGGAAAAAGGAACUUAUGAUGCAACAAAAAGUAGAAAAAUAUUCAGUAUGAUAACAUUUAUC